UGGCUGUGUGUUUGACACCUCUGGUCCAGUAUACCAGAUGAUCAGGACAUGAGUUCCCUUGGCGGCAUCCCUGAUGAGAGCUAUGAAGUGAAGGUGCUGGGCUACAACCUGAUGCAAGCCAUGCGUUUUGCCAUAGAGGAGAUCAAUAACGACAGUAGUUUGCUGCCAGGGCUGUUGCUGGGGUACGAGAUAGUGGACGUGUGUUACGUCACCAACAACAUCCAGCCUGUCCUCUACUUCCUGGCCAAGGAGAACUUCAAACUGCCCAUCCAGCGUGACUACAGCAGCUAUGAGCCCCGAGUGGUGGCCGUCAUUGGCCCUGACACGGCUGAGUCUGUCAUCACCGUCAGCAACCUCCUUUCCCUCUUCCUCCUUCCACAGAUCACCUACAGCGCCAUCAGUGACGACUUUCGGGACAACAGUAGAUUCCCAGCUUUAUUCCGCACCAUUGCCAGUGGUGAGCAUCAAGUCGAGGCCAUGAUUCAGCUCAUGACCCACUUCAGCUGGAAUUGGGUCAUUGUCAUUGCGAGCAGUGAUGAUUAUGGCCGGGAGAACAGCCAACUGUUCAGUGAGAAGCUGGAGGGGAGGGAUAUCUGUAUUGCCUUCCAGGAGACACUUCCUGUCCCCUUGGGCAACCAGACCAUACUGCCCCAGGAGAAGAAGAGGAUAGAGGUCGUAGUGGAUAAGAUCAAGAACAGUACAGCCAAUGUGGUAGCUGUGAUGUCCCUGGACCUGGUCCUCUUUUACUUCUUUGAGGAGGUCAUCUGUCAGAACCUCACGGGCACUGUGUGGAUCGCCUCGGAGUCCUGGUCCAUUGACCCUGUCAUCCAUAGCAUGUCCCAUAUCCAGCAAGCUGGAACCUUUCUGGGCAUCAGCACCCAGAGCGUCCCCAUCCCAGGCUUCAGUGACUUCAGGGUCAGGCAGUCUUAUGUCAAGAGGCCCAUGAACAAGACCGGCUCAGAGCCCACCUGCAACCAGGAAUGUGAGAGCUGCCUGGACACCGUGAGAUCCUACAGCACCAUCCUCACCCACUCUGGGGACCGUGUGGCCUACAACGUCUACUCAGCUGUCUACGCCGUGGCCCACGCCCUGCAUCGCCUGCUCGGCUGCAGUGAUGCCAGCUGCUCCAAGGGCGUGGUGUAUCCUUGGAAGUUGCUCCAGGAAAUUCGGAAGGUGGAUUUCACCCUAUUGGGCCACAGAAUAUUCUUUAACGAGAGUGGGGAUCCACCCUUGGGCUUAGAGAUCGUUCAGUGGCAAUGGGAAGAGGAUCGCAACCCCUUCGAGAGCAUCGCCUUCUACAGAUCAGACCAACGGAAGUUGUGGAAGGUGGCCACCAAUAUCUCCUGGAACACGCCCAACAACAUGGUUCCCUCCUCUGUCUGCUCCAAGAAUUGUCUGUUGGGUCAGUGGAAGAAGCCAGUGGGGCUGCAUACCUGCUGCUUUGAGUGUACCAACUGCUCGGCUGGGACCUACCUCAACCAGUCAGAUGAUUUUGAAUGCCAGUCCUGCCCAGAGAAUGAGUGGUCCAAGGAAGGGGAUAGCCAAUGCUUCAAGAGGCGCCUGCUGUUCCUGGAGUGGCAAGAGCCACCCACCAUCAUUGUUGUCAUCGUUGCCAGCCUCGGCUUCCUCAGUACCCUGGCUAUCCUCAUCAUCUUCUGGAUGCACUUCCAGACCCCCAUGGUACGUUCCGCAGGCGGCCGGAUGUGCUUCGUCAUGCUGACACCCCUGCUGGUGGCUUAUGCCUCGGUGCCUGUGUACAUAGGACGGCCCACUGUCUUCAGCUGCCUGUGCCGCCAGAUCUUCACCCUCUGCUUCACGGUCUGCAUCGCCUGCAUCACCGUCCGAUCCUUCCAGAUCGUCUGCAUCUUCAAGAUGGCACGUCGGCUGCCUCGCGCCUAUAGCUACUGGGUGAAGUACAAUGGGCCCUAUGUCUUUGUGGUGCUGACCACUCUGCUCAAAGUGGUCAUCGUGACUAUCAAUAUUAUGGUCACACCCACCAACCUCACCACUCGAUUUGACCCCGACGAUGCUCAGAUAUUGAUUCUCAACUGCAAUGCCAACUACAGCAAAAGCUUGUUGCUUAACACUAGCUUGGACCUCAUCCUCUCUGUCUUUGGCUUCAGUUUUUCCUACAUGGGCAAGGAGCUGCCAACUAAUUACAAUGAAGCCAAGUUCAUCACGCUCAGCAUGACCUUCUACUUCACGUCUUCCGUCUUUCUCUGCACCUUCAUGUCCGUCUACCAGGGGGUUCUGGUCAACAUCUUUGAUGUGUCUGUCACAGUGAUCAACUUGCUUGGCAUCAGCAUGGGGUAUUUUGGCCCCAAGUGUUACAUGAUUCUUUUCUACCCUGAGCGUAACACGUUGGCCUAUUUCAACAAUGUGAUCCAGGGUUACACCAUGAGGAAGGAUUAG